AUGUUGUCAAGAACUCUCCUUGCGCUUACAGCACUUGUGCUGUCUACCCACGCCAUUUCCAUCGAGGAUGGGUCUUUGAAAACAAAUGGGGCAUACAACCCAAUCGACGUGGAUACGACCAAUCCUCGACUUACAUGGCGGCUAGAAUCCUCAAAGAGGGGCGACAUUCAGACAUCCUAUCAAAUCCAAGUGUCACGCGAUGAAAACUUCCGAGCACCAGACGUGUGGGAUUCGGGCAAAAUACAAUCAGCUUCAACAUUUGCCAUCUAUAAUGGUGAAUCUCUCGGUUCAAGAAGCUCAGCCUUCUGGCGCGUCAAAGUUUGGGACGUGGACGACAACCCGUCCGACUGGAGUUCGCAAGGUCGAUUUGAGAUUUCCCUUUUAGAUUCAGAUGAUUGGUCGUCAUCCUGGAUCACCAAUAAAGACUUUGCCACCGGGUACACCUCACUCCCUGUGUUUGCCAAGGAAUUUCAGGUCGAUUGCGAUGUAUCUAAAGCACGGCUCUACCUUCUUGGCCUUGGUCUGCAUGUUCCCGUGAUCAACGGUCAAACAAUCACAGACGAGGUCUUGCAGCCCGGCUACAGCACUGUCAACACCACUUUGCCCUAUUCUACGUACGAUGUUACCAAAUUUCUGGAGCACGGAGACAACGUCCUCGGCGUGGAGCUGGGGAAAGGAAUAUAUGACGCUGAAAAACCGCUCUGGGGAAGGUACUACAAGCUAUCGCGGGCGUACCAAGAGCUUCGACUUACUGCCCAACUAGAAUAUCAAUGCGUGGGAGACAAUCGACUUACAACCAUCGCAUCAGAUGACACCUGGCUCACCUCACUGGAUGGCCCGUACUGGGAAGCUUCCUGGUAUGGCGGAGAGGAGUACGAUGCUCGAAAGGAACUACCAAACUGGUCAAGCCCAGAAGGUGACAGGUCUCAAUGGGCUCGGGCGGCAAAGACGACUGGUCCUAGUGGUAAGCUAGUCAGUCCACGUUCACCUCCUUUGAAAGUAGUUGAAACAAUCAAGCCCGUGUCAGUGUCCAAGAAUGAAAAUGGAUACUGGGUAUAUGAUUUGGGCGUAAAUAUUGCAGGCACUUUUCGCUUCCAGAUGAAAGACAAGGCCCAUCUGGCCGGAACCCGCAUUACCUUCUGGCCUGAUGAACGGUCCAAUUUGCAACAAGGGACCACUGGCAAACCGAUAUUCAACGCGUAUACCCUGUCCAACUCAUCGUCUCAGAUUUAUUCUCCCAAGUUCCUCUAUCAUGGGUUUCAAUACUUGGGAGUCAAUACCACGUGGGAGCCCUCGCUCGAUGACCUAGAAGGGUUCGUCAUCCGGGCCGCUAAUGAAGCCAAUGUCGACUUUUCGUCAAGUAGCGACCACUUCAACAGUAUCCACAAGAUUAUAGAUCGGUCUAUACAGAGCAAUAUGCAUUCUGUACUGACUGACUGUCCUCAUCGAGAGAAGCUUGGUUGGCUGGAGCAAAACCAUCUCGUCUUUGAGCCUGUUGCUUUAGGAUAUGAUAUCCAGUCAUACGGAGAUGACCAUGUUCGUAUCAUGGCAGAUGCCCAAGCGCAAGAUGUGCCUGGUUUGAUUCCUGACAUCGCCCCGGAAUACACCGUGUUUGGUGGCGGAUAUCGCAAUGACCCAAACUGGGGCAGGGCAAUAAUCAAUGUCCCUUAUCAGCUCUACCAAUACUACGGAGAUAUCAAUGUUCUGAAAACCAAGCAUCAGCACAUGGUUGAGUAUCUGGAUUAUCUACAGAGGCGCGCAGGAGGCCAGCCGUAUCUAAAUGACGGUGGUCUUGGUGACUGGCUGGCCAUUGAUACAGCAACACCAAAAGGUCUUGCCUCCACCUUCGGAUACCACCAAGCUGCACUCUAUUUGUCGAAGAUAGAGACGAUUUUAGGGAAUGAUGAAUCAGCCAGGACCUAUGCGUCGCUGGCACAUAGUAUCUUGGACGGGUUCAAUUCGAUGUGGUUCAAUGACACUGUUCCAGACUCUCCUCAUUACUGCGCAAAAACGACCCAGGCCUGCAACGCAUUUGCUCUUGACAUGGGCGCAGUUUCAGAUGAGAACAAGGACGCGGUCCUCUCGACACUUGUUCAAUCAAUCGAAAGUACUCCUGCUCUCUUCACCGUGGGAGAGAUUGCCCUUCCCAGUAGGCUUUUGCGCUUCACAUCCUUGAUAGGCCGAGACUGA